CUUCGAUGAAGAAUAGAGGAAUGCUAUGUGAACCUUCAGUACGGACAUAUUUGCAGUUGUUUAUUGGUAUUGUUAGGAGGGCAUCAAAUAAUCUUACUUAACCCUGCGGAUAGGGUCUUUUGAAAUAUUGUUUCUUCUCUCUUGACCAUGACGAAAGCGAAACACGACACUGUCUAUGACGGAGAGGCCAUCUCUGAUGCACGCCCGUACAAGAAAGCGAGAACAGCAGACACUGGGGGCGAGUCAAACGACGUUGAUACAGGCAAAGAGACUGAUGUCACUCAGCAUCAUGAAGAGACUGAGGAGACAACUGCAACGAUGAGCCAGAGCGAUGGCGCACAAAAAGGUGGAUCAGCAGGCGUCAAACGGACACCUGGCGCACUUCAGCCGACACUCACUGUUCGAUCUGUGCUGCCAAAUCCGACGAAAUGUCUCAUAGACGACUCAGAAAUUGAGGGGUACGAUGAAAUAUUAGUAGGACGGCUACGCAAGCUAUCAGGAUAUACUAACGCAAAGGCAAACAUAUAUGCUCUCGGCAAGUUGUUGCCCACAGCAACUUGGGGACAAUAUAAUCCUGUCAAUGAUCGGAGCAAGAUCUUGUGCAAUCCUGCCACUGGAGAGCCGCUGACUUUAUGGGUUGUCGGGCGGAUUGCAAGAAUGUGGUUCACCAAAUUUGGUGCACCAGAGAAUCAGGCGUCGUUGACUGUCAUGCCUCUCUCCAAGUCGUUAGGCCAGCAAAGUGCGAUUUUGCUGGCGAAGAUGUCAAGCCCGACACUGAAUAUCAAUCAGCAGUCGGCGCAAGUGAUUCGUGCCAUCAAAUGGCAGAAUGGCAAGAAGAAUGAUGGAGAGACAACGGCAAUGCUCUUCGAUGCAGUAUAUGAUGUCAGAGCGGAAGGAUCUCUGAAAACAUAUAGCGAGAGGCCUCUUUGGAACCUUGGGGAUCUCAAAACUGGAGAUCUCAUACUGUUGGAGAUGAAGAUGACAAAAUACUCCAAAAAAUUGGAAGAUAAGUGGCACUCUCGCGCGCAAUACGAGAUGAUUGCAAUUUCUCUCUUGGACAUCAGCGACAUGCCGGAAGAAGACAAUCAAGGGACCAGCCAGAUCGACGGUUUAGCUAUUUAAGACGAGACAAACAAGUUAGGGAGCUGUAUGACGUAUAUAAUGCAAUGACAUCAUUUUGGUGAAUUCAGAGGACUAUGACAAACGGAAAAUAAAAUUUGGCUUGAAAUUCACCAUGGAACCACAUCCAACGAGAUCUGAACUGCUGCUAGCUAUAGCAGAUAUAGAGUGUCGUGGAGACUACACACAUCGACAGAUAUGCAGCUUCAUCAGUGAGCAAUAUCCAGA